AAGGCUGCAUGUUGUUGUAGCAGACUUCACAGCCGCUCUCCACUUUUAUCCCCGUUAAACUAAUCCGCAAGAGAUUUUAUUGAACAGCAAGGUGAGUUGGGAGAGAAGGAACUGCGUUUCAACGGCAAUCCAACUAAGAUUAUAGAUGAAAUCCUUUAGAACAGUCGCGAGUACACUGUAAACUGUCCAAAGACGUGGUGAAUUACUACAUGGGAACAAAUAUAAAAGGAAGGAGCUCAGAUUUUCCAGCAGAGAUCAGCGGCGCUGGAAUAUAAACAUGGAUGACGGGCAGCAGCGAUGGCUUUGAAGAAUUAAGGCCGAAUUGCUUCUCAUUUGUUUUCCUUUGUGCACGGCGAAUGGUUUUAAAUCUGCGUUUAUGUUAUUGCUUUUGAGACGUGACGUGCCAUUAUCUGAUCAUUUUGGGGAGGAAGUUGUCGGGAUGGCUCCUGGUUCACUAGCCACAAUGGCCCCUACUGGGCCCAACAUCUCCUGGUUACCAGAAGCUCCUCUGCUCACUCCAGAGCAGCCCAUUUUCCUCAUGACAACCAUGGCCCAGGCAGUGUCAGGCUUCUUUGUGUGGACGGCACUUCUACUCACCUGCCACCAGAUCUACAUGCAUUUGCGUUACUACAGCUCUCCCAAGGAGCAGAGACACAUAGUGCGCAUCCUUUUCAUUGUACCCAUCUACGCCUUUGACUCCUGGCUCAGCCUUCUCUUCUUUACCAACGAUCAGUACUAUGUGUACUUCGACACAGUCAGGGAUUGCUAUGAGGCAUUUGUGAUCUAUAACUUCUUGAGCCUGUGUUAUGAAUACCUCGGAGGAGAGAGCGCUAUCAUGGCUGAGAUCAGAGGAAAACCCAUUGAGUCCAGCUGUAUAUAUGGAACGUGUUGUCUUUGGGGCAAGACCUACUCCAUUGGCUUCCUUCGAUUUUGCAAACAGGCCACUUUACAGUUCUGUGUGGUAAAACCCCUAAUGGCCAUGACUACAGUCAUCCUGCAGGCUUUUGGGAAAUACCGUGAUGGGGACUUCAAUGUUGCUAGUGGUUACCUGUACGUGACCAUCGUCUACAAUAUCUCCGUCAGCCUCUCACUCUACGCUCUUUUCCUGUUCUACUUUGCCACCCGAGACCUCCUCAGCCCCUACAGGCCCAUGCUCAAGUUCUUCAUGGUCAAAUCAGUCAUCUUCCUCUCCUUCUGGCAAGGCAUGCUGCUGGCCAUCUUGGAGAAAUGUGGUGCGAUUCCUAAGAUCAGCUCUCCUGAGGUUUCUGUCGGCGAGGGAACCGUUGCAGCUGGAUACCAGAACUUCAUCAUUUGCAUCGAGAUGUUCUUUGCCGCCUUGGCUCUGCGACAUGCGUUUACCUACAAGGUCUACAUGGACAAAAGGCUGGAUUCCCUUGGCCCUGUUCCUACAUAUGGACAGUACGUUCUCCAUUCUUCUCAAGGUCGCUGUGCCCCCAUGAAGAGCAUCUCCAGCAGCUUAAAGGAGACCAUGAACCCUGGAGACAUGGUUCAGGAUGCCAUCCACAAUUUCUCCCCAGCCUACCAACAGUACACCCAGCAGUCCACCCUGGAGCAGGGGGUCACCGCACCGCCCGUAUCACGCAAUCACAGCUGCAUGAGCGGCCGGGACAAUGAGAAAACCCUGCUGCUUAGCUCCGAUGAUGAGUUUUAACUCGCUCGCCUGUCGUCCUGAUCAAAGGUACUCCGCAAGGGACCGUUUACUGCUGCGGUAGUGUAAUGAUGAGGUUAACAUAGGAACAGGUUAUUAAAGGACCAUCUUAAGCAAGUAGUUACAUUCUAGUGCAGUAGAAUCUAAAAUUAAGCUGCUUAUACUUGCUCAGUUGUCUUUUGAUGCGCUUUUGUCUGAUGUUUAUACAGAGAAUUAAAUAAUACUUUGAGCCAAAUUUUGAAAACCCACAUGGUCUGACACUUUGAAUUUGACAAUUUGAAUUUGACUGACAAUUUUUGAAUUGAUGUAUUUUUUUAUGCCUGUAGGUUCACGUAGGGGGUGUUUGGAAAUCCCAUUAUAUUUAUAAAGAGCAGUGUAUUGGAGGGCCCCCGUUCGGUGGGAAUGUUCCGUUUUUGAUUUACAAGUUCAAGUGCACCUUUGCUUCUGUUUCAACAGUGUUUAUAGCUUCCCCGGUGAUUUAAAGGGCGGGUAUGGCUGUGGAGAGAGAGCUUUGAUGGUAGAUAGAGUACCAGCUGUUCAAACACGCCAUUGUUGUUUUGACGGAUGAAUCAAGGGACAGGGAGAGAGGUUGAUGGUCCACGAUAAGAUUACAGAUUAAGGCAGUCUGGAUUAUAAAACUGUAAUUGGAACAUUACUCGCCUGGUGCAGAUUUGCACAAGCUUUCGUAAAAGUGUGACUGUCCUGGACCACUGCAGGAAAAAGCAUCUAUCUAGGUUAGCCGAGCGGUUUAAAAAAUAGAUUUAGGUUACGCUUCUUAGUUUAUGCUAGACUUUCACUGAGAAAGAACAGUCAAGUACCAUCAGUUUAUCCGUAUUCUGUUGUCUGUCUGAUGGAAAUGCGAAAUUUAUAUAAUUUGAAAAUGGGACAGUUCACCCUAAAAUGACAAUUCUGUCAUCAUUUAUUCACUUUCAUGCCAUUCUAAAACUUCGUUUCUUCUGCUAAACACAGACACACAAAUGAUAGUCAACAUCAACAUUGAACUUUUUCAUUUUAUGGACAACAUGAAGGCAUACUUCAAAAUACCUUCUUUCGUUUCGACAGUAAAUGAGUAAGUGAUGACACAAUUUUCAGUUUUGGGUGAGCUAUCCUCUUAUUAGGUACUGUAUUGUUUCUAGGUAUCCCACUAGAGGGAGGCAUAUCUCUCAGUUCGUGCCCUUUAUCUUUAUGGGACACGCCUGUUAUCACUGAUCCUUUGAGAGCCACACCAAAGUCUCUCCCAUUCUUCAGAAGCAUCCGCCAUUUACGCUUUACCUCUUUAGAUAGCACUAGGCCCUCGAUGACCAAGCUUGAAGCUUGUGGUUGGUUAGAUAGCAUCUUUGGAGUUACUUAUUAACUGUCCUACACUUUUAUUGGUACAAUAGAGGCCAGUAUAAACACAAAGCAGCUGGAACCAAGUACGAGUAUGUAUGGUACCUGCUUAUAGUUAUGUUAGUGUUUUUGCAGUGUAUUCUUUAUAAGGGGAGGAUUUCUUUUAAUAAUAUAGAUGUUGUUGUAACUUGCACUAAGCAGAUUUGUAUAUUUAGGAGAAAUCCGAAAAUCCUAGAACAUUUUGGCAAGCUAUUUCUGUACGUUAUUAUUCGUAGAGCGGUUUAAAGUAACAUAGGAAGCGCUGUUACGUUUAAAAAUAUAUAUAUAUUUUGUGGAAACAUAUUUUGAAGUUACACUAAGACGUUCUUUGUACUGUCAUGUUAUUUCAAACAGAGCAUUAUGUAUUACUAUGUCAAAGAUUUUGCUUCUAUUUUUUUCCCUUGAUGCUCUGGCCUAGGAAACAAUAAAGAAUUUUGUCUGUAUAUGUUUGUGUAAUAGUGUUUUUUUCUUUUUACUCAGUGAAUACACAUAUUUCUAUAUACAAUAUAUACAACAUUUAUUUCAAUUAAAUGAUAUAAAAUAGACAAUGAAUUUACCAUAGAAAAAUACAGAUAAUAAAUACAAACAUCAGUUGUUGUUUUUUUGUGCUCUCCCCUCUUACAAAACAUUCGGCACAUUGUUCUGAAGCACAGGUAUAACGGGCAUGAUAUUACCAGGUUAGAUUCUCAGUACUGAUGACGACUUUGCUAACUACACAAUUUUAAAAAAAAUCACCAGAUAUCCACGUUUAACAUGGCCAAUUGUUACCUGAUCAUACAGUAUCACCCCGUUUAUUGGAGUAAACCCGGCUUGUAGUUGGAAGUUAUCCUGAUGGCCACGGGUUGAUGUGAUGUACAUGUGAUAGCAUUUUUGUCUUUCGCUUUCCUUCUGUCACUUUCUUAUCCUCCUUUUUUUCCCUCCCGUGUGAGCCGCAAGUGCUCACUUCUCCUUCUGGCUGCUCUCUUCCCCAUUUUCACAUCUUCCUCAGAUUCCCCUUUCCUAUCUUUUUUCCCUCGAAUGGUAUUUUUUUAAUAUUCCAGCUGUCCAAAAUAUUCAGAUACGUCCUUAAUCAUAAAUAGCAAAUAAUAUAUAUGGUCUUGGUUUUAAAUACAAAAAUACCACUACAAACAAGUCGCUCUAAUAUUAGUACAAAUAUGACCCUCACACAUACUGAAUCAUAUUACAAGUAAUAAGGCUGUAUACCUUACCAUUACUAAACUACUAACUCAUUACAACAAGUAAACAUUACAAAAAACACAAAAAUUCAAACAAUGACCCCAAACUAGUCAAUCAGAAGUAGUAUUUAGACCAAUCACAGCACAAAUUACCUUCAAACAUCUUGUUUCGAACACAAAUAAAAUAGCUUUCAUGUCUGUUGUUGAACAUUUGUCUUUUAUACAAACAUUAAAAUAUAUAAAUGGCAUGUAUCAAUAGAUCUGCACGUUCUCUAGUCCCAUGACUCAGUAAUACCAUGGAGAUAAUCCAGCAAAACUAACCACCUUCUGAAAUGUCGAUGGUCCCACAUGAAGACAAGUUGUUAGGACUAUUUUUU